AUGGCCAACACCGAAUACGAAUUGUCAAAGGAGCUGGAUCUCGACGCUCUCGUCCACCUCGAGAACAUGUUUGUAGAGUUUGGUCGUGAGGACGGCAUGGCCGCAGGAGAGAGAAACGGAGCCAUUGAAGGCCGAGUCAUGGGCUGUGAGAAGGGCUUUGAGCUGUCCCGAGAGGUUGGAUACUAUGCAGGUUGUGCUCAGCUUUGGAAGACGCUUGCCCAGCAGGAUCCUGAGCGCAUUUCUGAAAAGUCCCUCAAGAAGAUCAACUCGCUUUUAGACUUGAUCGAUUCGUUCCCACGUCAGAAUCAAUUGGACGACGACGUGGUCGCGUUACUGGACAGGAUCCGUGGAAAGUUUAAGACUGUCGCUUCGGCUUUGCAGACCGCCGAGCGUUAUAUCGACGCUCCUAAGAGCAAGAUGUUUUAUUAA